GCCUGUCCCGAGUUCUCCACCAGCCACCGUGAGCACAGCUGGAUCUGCCAACCACAUGCACCGGACUCUGAGAGGCUGCUCUGGCCCUGAAAGCGAUCCUUCUUCCGAGGAUUUUCCUUCUUCCUCAAGGGAAAGAAAACCCAUUGAUAUAAAACCCCACUUGCCUUCUGGCUUCCCCUGCGAACUGCCACUCCAGCAGAGACAGAGUGUUGAUAAAUCCAGGGGAAAGAAAAAAUCAACUCUGUCCUCUGCCGCAGCCGGUGCGCGCCCAGCCACCUCCAGCAGUCUGCUUGCUCACACUCAGGAGACGCAGGUGCUGCAGAUGCUGACUCAGCCCGCGCUGUUAAGAGUUACAAAGCAGGAAGAAAUUUGGAAGCUAUGGGCAAAGCACAUAGACGUCCUCCGGAGCAGCACAGACACUGUGAGAAAUGCUUCAACCGUCACUGCCACAUGCCUGUGGAACCCAGCAUCUCCUGCCUGGUGAUAAAUUGCCGCCUAUCCUGCGGUGCUACCUUUCACAUGUGCAAAGCGGCAGAGCACGAGCUCAUGUGCCCUUUAGAGCAGGUUCCGUGCCUCAACUCUGAAUAUGGCUGCCCCCUUUCCAUGUCCCGCCACAAGCUGGCCAAGCACCUGCAAGUGUGUCCCGCCAGCGUGGUCUGCUGCUCCAUGGAGUGGAACCGCUGGCCCAACGUGGACUCGGAAACAGCCCUUCACGAGAACAUCAUGAAAGAGACCCCCGACGAGGAGUGCCUGGACACAGCCUUGGCCCUCCAGGACCAGAAGGACCUUUUCAGAUCUCUGAAAAUGGUAGAACUUUUCCCAGAAACUAGAGAACCCCUGGAAGAGGAACCCACCAUGAAUGGUGAAGCAAGCUGGGAGGAAGUGGAAGGCGCGGUGGGUGGGGCUGAUGCUGACUUGGUAACGGGCGGCUCUCUGUCAGCCACGAAUGGAGAGGUGGCAGAGCUGAGUCAAGAAGAACGAGAGGUGUUAGCCAAAACCAAAGAAGGGAUGGACCUGGCCAAGUUUGACAAGUGGGAAAAUAUGUUCAGCAAAGAGCAUGCAGCCUCCGCUUUAACGAGCUCAUCAGCGAGCAGUGCCAGCAAGGCCAAGAAUGGCCCAGAGAAAGAACAGAUGUCCAGUGGCAAUAACGUGGUCGAAGAGGGUGCUGCUGCAGGGAAAGAACCACAGGGAGACCAGAAGCAGCGGGACUUUCAUGCAGCCAUAGAAAAGACAGGGCUUGCCCCCUGGCAGGAUGGGGUUCUGGAAAGACUGAAAACAGCUGUGGAUGCAAAGGACUAUAAUAUGUACCUGGUGCACAAUGGGAGGAUGCUUAUCCACUUCGGUCAGAUGCCUGCUUGUACACCUAAAGAGAGAGACUUUGUGUAUGGCAACCUGGAGGCCCAGGAAGUGAAGACCGUUUACACCUUCAAAGUUCCCACGAGCUACUGUGGGAAGCGGGCUCGCCUGGGAGAUGCCAUGUUGAGCUGUAGGCCAAGUGAACACAAGGCAGUAGAUACUUCAGAUUUAGGGAUCACUGUGGAGGACCUGCCCAAAUCAGAUCUCAUCAAGACCACCCUGCUGUGUGCUUUGGAAAGAGAACUCAAAGGUCACGUCAUCUCCGAAUCCAGGAGCAUUGAUGGGCUGUUCAUGGAUUUCGCCACACAGACAUACAGUUUUGAGCCAGAACAGUUUUCCCCCAGGACGGUGCUGGCUGACCUCCUAACCGCUGCCAACCCGAACGGGCUCCAUGUGGAGCUCCACAGUGAGUGUGUGACCAGGAGACACAACAAGAGCAGCUCUGCCUUUACUUUCACUUGCAACAAAUUCUUCAGGAGGGAUGAAUUCCCCCUACACUUCAAGAACGUCCACACAGACAUUCAGUCAUGUCUCAACGGCUGGUUCCAGCACCGAUGCCCCCUUGCCUACUUGGGAUGUACCUUUAUUCAAAACCAUUUCCGUCCCCCAGGGCAAAAGGCAAAAGUGAUCUAUAGUCAGGAGCUCAAGACCUUUGCCAUCAAGCCAGAGGUUGCUUCAGAACUGAGUGAGGGAAGGAAGAACAGCCGCCUCUCAGGCUGUGAAGGAAAAAGCCAGAAUUCUCUAACCAGCCUGCCCCUGGAGGUUUUGCAGUACAUUGCUGGGUUCCUAGACAGCAUCAGCCUGUCCCAGCUCUCCCAGGUGUCUGUGCUGAUGAGGAGUAUCUGUGCCACUUUGUUACAAGAGAGAGGGAUGGUCCUCCUGCAGUGGAAGAAGAAGAGGUAUUCCCACGGAGGCACCUCCUGGAGAGUUCACAGAAAGAUCUGGCAGUUCAGCAGCCUCUUCUCCAAAGUCAAGAGCUGGGAGUUUAAUGAAGUUGCCUCCAUGUCUGAGCACCUGAAAUCCUGUCCUUUCAACAUUGUAGAACACAAGACUGACCCGAUUCUUCUGACCAGCAUGUGUCAGCCCCGUGAGCAGGCCCAAGAGACCUUAGUCACCACCUUUAGAGCCAGAACACGAGGAAGACACACCUACUAAAGGCUCAGAAGCCACCAUUCUUGGAUUCCCAGUCAGAGUUACUGAAAGUCAGAGUGUGGUUUUGAGGACUUUCUUCUGUGAACUACAAAUGUGCUUAUCUGGGUGUUUUGGAACAUGUAAAGUCCUUCAAAACCUGAGCAGUUGCACAAAGUCGAAGAAUUUCCUAAGCCAUGGCUUGUACAAUUGCUAUAGCGCCAUACUGAUAAUUUAUUUCCUCCCCACUCCCACCCCCACUUUUUUUUUUUCUAAAAUAAAUC